ACGUUGCGUUUAGUGCGGCGCCAUGCGUCGCCGGAAGCCGACCGACGGCUUCAUUCUUUGCGGAGUGUUCUGCUGGACAAUAAUCGCCCAUCUCGUCUCGACAUGUCUCGCCGCCCAGCUCGAGGAGCGGAUGGAGAUCGUGCGCAAAGUGCUGAAGGAAGUGCCUUUAAUCGAUGGUCACAACGAUCUACCCUGGAAUAUACGAAAGUUUCUCAAGAAUCAGCUCCGAGAGUUUCGAUUUGGGGAGGACCUCCGCGACAUUACACCCUGGUCAACGAGUGCCUGGAGUCACACGGAUCUGCGACGCUUGAAGGAAGGCAUGGUUUCAGCACAGUUCUGGUCGGCCUAUGCGCCCUGCUCGUCGCAACAUUUGGACGCAGUGCAAUUAACGCUGGAGCAGAUCGAUCUCAUCCGCCGGCUAGUAAACCUUUACCCGCAGCACAUGGCCCUGGUGACGACGGCCGAUGGCAUCGAGGAGAGCCAUCGUUCCGGCAAGCUGGCCAGCCUGAUCGGGAUCGAGGGCGGCCACUCGAUCGGCACCAGCCUCGGUGUGUUGCGCACGUUCUACCAGCUCGGCGCCCGCUAUCUCACCCUCACGCACACCUGCAACACGCCGUGGGCGGACUGCUGCAAAGUUGAUGAGCCGGGCCGGGUGCCCCACAUCGGGGGCCUCUCCCACUUCGGCACGCUCGUCGUGACCGAGAUGAAUCGGCUCGGCAUGAUCGUGGACCUGUCGCACGUCUCCGUGCCGACGAUGCUGGAUGCGCUGGCCACCUCGAAGGCACCGGUCAUCUUUUCACACUCUUCCGCCCAUGCCAUCUGCAACAGCUCGCGCAACGUCCCGGACCAUGUGCUGAAGCGAAUCGCCGUUAACGGUGGUCUCGUGAUGGUUGCAUUCUAUCCCCAUUUUGUGAGCUGUGGCGAAAAGGCAACGCUCAAGGAUGUAGUUGCUCACAUUAAUCACAUCCGAGAUGUGGCCGGAGUCGACCACGUCGGUAUAGGGGCCGGAUACGAUGGGGUCAAUUUAGUGCCGCAAGGUUUGGAGGAUGUCUCCAGGUAUCCUUACCUGUUCGCAGAACUGCUAGAAUCAGAACGGUGGACCGAGGAGGACAUAGCGAAGCUGGCCGGUAGAAAUCUUAUACGGGUGUUUCGACAGGUGGAGCAGGUACGGGAUCAGCUCGAAGCCCAGGGAAUGCUUCCCAUCGACCAAUCGAUACCGCCGGAAGACAUCCUCGGCCGCUCGUACUGCCGCUACUCGGGGCCGCGUACGUGAUGAAGUGCGACCGGUUCGGACGACCGUGCCCCUUCCACUGCUUCCACCACUCACCAUCGAACCAAUCCACCAGAACCGUGCGCCCGCGACUGCGGUAACACCGGCUGAACCCGGCUGCCGACCGCUGAGGCUGACGGCAGAUUAGAGCGCCCUGGGAAACUCCCGUACGCCAAACUACUCGGGCAGCAGCAGCAGCAGCAGCCGAUGAACUUCCGCGCAUGGACGAAGCGAAACCCGACCAAAUGGUUUCGCCAUUUUAUUGCAUAUCACACAGAUACACAAACCGACACACACACACACACACACACACACUCACAGUAACUCAUAGUAAUUUGGUAGUAAGUUACCGACACAGCGACACAACGGGAGGGUUACGAAGGAAACGCUCGCACUACAAAUUGCAGGGUACGAUAAGAUCUCGCAAUCCGGUUUAUUUGUCCCCUUCCGGACAAGACUUCACUCUCUCCAACAGUUCCAAGCGGGGGGAUGACAGUUUUUGUUCAUCCAAUGCAAUGCAUCAAAAUUGUAACAAAGAAAGAGCGACAAACGGCCACCAAACCGUUACUGAACGCAAAGCGUCACGAAGGCAGUUUGUCUUUAAUAGUUCUAGCCGUUGUUCCGUCUCGAAGGGAUAAGCUUCCGGCAGCAUCGAAGAAGGUAUCGAUUUGUUCCGCGCAGUAGCCGCACACCGAUCGACGCUUUGACAGAGGAGCGUCUGCAUCACGAUCAAAUCUUCAACCGUUUCAACGGAGUUAGCUUCAAUUGGUAAGGUAGAUGUAAUAGUAUCGUAGCAACAAAAAAAAACCGAUAAAAACAAACCCACAUGUACAUACACUAUCAUGUAGCAAGUGAUAAACGACACUACAAGCGGAACGAAACGGUUUAAGGCGGAUUGGGAGCCAAUCGCUACAGCGCAAACUGAGAUCCGAAGGUACGGGGUUGGUUUACAAUGGUUCGGUCAGCAGAAAAGCUAAGGUUUACAUUCAAGCGUUCAUUUAUUAUCUCCGCUUUCGGUUCUUACCGGUGUAGAACAAUCAAUCAGCUGUCCCUUGUCGAGCAACAAACAAACCGAUCGAUCAACUGCCCACACACAACUCCUCACGCAAACACUCUUCCCAAAACACUCGUUUUCUUCGUUGUGUUCUCCACGUUGGUCACAGCACGAGACAGGUGGAGAUCAAAACUCGUCAAAUCGAAAUGUGAUAAAGUUAUAUUGAAAAGAAAAGCCCAGCUUAAACAACUACACUUGCAGCAACAGCAAGCGUACAAAGCGUUCCCUUUUUUUCCCCUUUCCUUGUACCUUGAGGAUCAUUUUUUUAAAGCUUCCACUAUGCCCCUAAUGUUCAGUUCAUUUUUAAUCACUCUUGCUCUCUCUCUCCUCUUUACAUACACAGACACAUACACACACACAGAAACAUUUAUUGCUCCAGUUUGUCUGUAAUUGUGCAAUCAAUGCCACAAACGCUUGUUACAGAAAAUGGCACAAUUCAUCCAUCCUCCUACACCACAUGUUCCUGUAAAUUGAAUGCAAAGCGCCAACUAAACAGUUUGUACAUAGUCAUAGUAGUGUAAUAAAUGCAACGAUAUGCGUAACACUUCCUUCCACCCUCGAAUCACUGCUCACCGUUACAUCCAUUAAUGCUUCCCCACAACCUGCAGUGAGCGCGCGUUUCCAUUUACAUCCAUCAUCUUUAACUAUCAACCCAUCAAAACAGGUGACCCACCACUAAAGAGCGCUUGCAUGUGUAUUUGUAUAUGUGUGUGUAUGUGUGUGAGUAAUAAAACACAUUAAAUCACCACAGCUCCAUCCUACCGCAGUGAAGCAAAGAACAAAAACAUCCACAAGGUAAACUGCGGUUGUUUGCAUACUCCCCGCUCUCUUCCGGGCAUCCCGGGGCAGGAUCAAUGGACAGCUGAUUGAUUUAUCACGGCACAAUGGUUGAAAGCAGAUUUAUGCACCACCAUCAUCAUCACCGCCGCACAAUGCACGGUGAAGAAUCGGGUCAAAAGAUUAUGGCGGUUGUUUUCCCUUUAUUGUUUGUUGCUUUUCCCCCUUUUGGGCAUUACACAGUUUCAAAUGGAACUGUUAUGGCUGCAAAUGGGUUGCACCGAUCAUUACUGGCACCGUUUACGAAUCAGGUGAAGGAACGCUGGAUUGGCGGUAAACAUUGAUGCGCUUGUAGGUGAGGUCUGGUGAAAGCCCAUGCAUUUAUAAAUUCACUCAUAUUUUGUUGACAGCUUAAAGCGCAGCUUGACGCAGCUGACCGACCAGCCCAUCCAGCCCGUCGUUGGCGAGUUGUGUCUAUCAGGGUGGGAUUAAGGGGAACGAUUCAGCUCACCAAUCCGUUCAAGAUUUGUAGCGUAAAAGGGACAAAUCACUUACACGCGAACAAAAUAACUAAGCAAAGUGUUUUGUGUACAGUAGCGUACUUGAAGCAGAAAGCAACCACACUGAGCAGAACGAAAACUGAAAACCCACGUUGUAUUAUAUGUACUUUACUGUCAAAAACGAUCGAUAUGAAUUUAAAAUAGUAGCAACCGUACAAACCCAAUGUAACUCUCCAAACAAAAGGCGCUCCCCCUUCCUGUAGCGUGAUUGUCUGCCACAAUCAGUUCGAUACUCGAUAUUAGUGAACGAUCGACAGCUCACUACAGCCGACCGUGCGAGGAACCCUGUUUUUUACGCCACACCACCUUUGACGACCAUUAACAUUGCCAUCCGACACUUCCGCUCAUUUUCAUAGGUUCUUUUUCCUCCCCCUCAACAGGAUGCCAAAUGAAGUUCGGUUUUGUAGUAUUAUAUAUAUAUUUAUCCGUAAGGGAAAACGAGACCAAGAGCGUAAGAGUUGGCAACGUUUGCGGGAGACACAAAAGUGUACAAAAGAAUCAUGCAAAGUAAAACGGGGGACAAAGCUGAGGGCGUUGGGGAAACGCGGGAAAGAUUAAGAAUAUACCAAAGCUAACCUUCUUCGCGAUUCAAGUGGAAAUAAUGAACAAAAGGAGGAGGAGUACAACAAUAUAUCUAGAGUGGAAAACGGGAGAUAGCGAAUUACACUAAACUAAACAAAGAAAACAAAGCGAAAAGAUUACAACUGUUGGGAAAGGGAGGGUAACGAGAGGCUAUAAGUAAAUUGUUUAAUAAACAUUUAAAAGUCACAUCAACAAUCAAA